CUGCAAUAUUCCAUAUAGGUAUAUCUAUAUGGAACUGUGAUAAUUCUUCAGUACUGAAUUUCCUCAGAUUCUUUGAUAUCAGUUCUAUCAAAAAUGGGCUGCUUGAGUGGUAUAUCCAAAUACAUUCUCUUCCUCUUCAACUUGUUGAUUCUGCUUGCAGCAAUAGCUCUUAUCGCCAUUGGGGUGAUUUACCACAACAAAAAUGGUGGCCUGGACAUAAUGUCCGUCAGCUCCUUUACUAUAGCUGUAGGAGUAAUUAUAGCAUUGGUUUCCUUCUUUGGAUGCUGUGGAGCUGUCAAAGAGAGCAGAUGUUUAUUGACAACGUAUGCCUUCGUUAUGAUAACGAUUUUCAUCAUCCAAGUGGUGCUGGUGGUCUUGGCCUUCCUAGCUAUCAAAAAUGGCGAUAAACAAUUAGAUAAGGAGGUUGAGAAAUAUUUGAAUAAACUAUACCAGGAUCUGUUUGUACCAGAAAGAAAAGCUCAAUUGGAUAUAGUUAAUACAUUGCAAACGGAGUUCGAGUGCUGUGGAAUCAAUGAAAAUUAUAAUUUAGUAACACAAAAUAUAACUGCUGGACGUCUCAUAUACAGUUGUUGUCCAAGCGAAUACGAAGAAAAUUGUACAAAAGGAAACUGUUAUAAGGCUGAUUGUGCUGUAGAAUUGCGUAUAUUCAUUGAAGACAAUGCUAAAAUCAUUGGAGGAAUCGCCGUGGGAGUAGCAGUAGUGGAACUGGUCGCGGCUAUAAUGGCAUAUUGUGUGAGGGAUUCAGCAAGAUCCUAGUCACCGUCUUCGCAUUUUGUGUGAGGAGUAACAUAAGCAGAAAAAACUCAUUUGUGUGAGAAUUAGAACUUCAUUUCCGAUAUAACUGAAAAGAGAAAAAAAGAUAUGGCAUAAAUUCACAAAUUUCUGAACCAGUAUUGAAAAGCCCUUCAAUUAGUGUGUGGAGUUUUUCAACGAUACCGAAAUAAAUUAUUUCAUAUAACUCAAGGCUUACACUUUCAUGAUUUUAUCAUUGUUCUGGUACAACAUUUUUUUGUAUUUACAAUAAAUUUCAAUGAACAAAUUUCA